GAAGUGAAUAUCGCAUCCAUCACCAAGGGAAGACGGGUCAAAAGUCUUAUUAGGAAUCGCCUGGGUGAUUUUUCAUCAGCCUCUAACAUCAUGAGCCGCGAAGUACAAUUUUGUUUUGCUAUUCCGCGCGCCGAGGGAUUUCCUCCUGUCAAACGUUCUUCCCAGAUUCACUCGUUUGCUAUUCAGGACAUCCUUGGUCUUAGCGAGAAGAGCUCAAAACCGAAGGCGGCAAGUCACCAAAGUGUGAGCCUUGUAAAAUGCUUUUCGCCGGUUUCAGCCCGAUUAGAGGCUCAGAAUGCCGACCACGAAAAGGCUUCUGCACUACCAGAUCAUCACGGGACAGACAGUAGUAAAAUUGACAAGUGCCUGUACCUGAAGGGAGACAAAACUACGGCGAAUAAGAAGGCACCCAAAAAGCGUCGACAUCGCACUAUUUUCACAAAUUAUCAACUAGAAGAACUGGAAAAGGCUUUUAAAGACAGCCACUAUCCUGACGUGUAUGCGAGGGAAAACCUUUCUGCCAAAAUCGAGUUACCCGAAGACCGAAUUCAGGUCUGGUUUCAAAAUCGACGGGCAAAAUGGCGAAAGAAGGAAAAGUGUUGGGGUCACAGCUCCAUAAUGGCCGAGUACGGGUUGUAUGGAGCGAUGGUACGACACUCCUUACCCCUUCCCCCUCAUCUCACCUCUAACUCGGCCCCAUGGCUGCUCGGCAUGCAUAAAAAAGCAAAGCUCAUGGAAGAUAAAAUCACAACAUGUAAAAUCAAGGUAGAGACUUCGAAAGAGACUGGGGAUGACCUUAGGUCCCACAGUAUUGCGUCACUGAGGCAGCGAGCUCAAGAGCACAAUGCCGCAGUCAAGCAUCUUCAAGAACAAGAGGCCAUGAUGAUACAGGUGUAUAAAAAUAAAGAAUCGAAGGAAAGGAAGCUUUCCGACAGUGGAUCCGAAGGAGAAACCGAUUUGGAAGAUAUGUGAUUAGAAAUGAAGAAAUAACAGUCCUAAAAUUAGAAUCUUAGAAUAACAUAUCGACUGUGAUGUAUAGAGGAAUUUUUCGAUUGACCGUCAUAAAACUAAAAGCAAAGUAGUCUCAGGAGCCAAUCAUAGCAAGGAAAAUGUCACUAGGAGCCAAUGAGGAACUUGAAAACUGUCUGAAGCGCGGGAAAACGCGGGUGAUCUAGUCGCGAUUAACUUAAGUUUUGAAUCUGAUUGGUCAAGAAAGUGGCACGACUUUUUUAGACCAAUCACAGAAAAUAAAGCAAAACCAAAGCAUUGUGGGACUACUUUCAACAUUCAAUUGAACAUUUCUCUAUCAAGCCAUUCAAGACUAGGCACGAAUUAACAGAAUGGCGGGAAAAUUGGAAGAAAUGGAAAAUCUUUCUCGCCAAAACUGAAACCAACAGUAAAAAAGCAGGAAAAUAUUACGACGGACACAAAAGCAGUGUCCCUCCGAGCCUCAACUAAUAAAACACAAUGCAUAUGUAAUCUAUGGCCUGGUAAAGGAUUUUACAUCAAUGCUUACAAGAAUUAAUCAUUUGUGCACAAUGAAAAAAAAUUAUUAUUACUCAGUGCAAAGUGUGUAGGAUGCUCAUGCUUCUAAGAGCCUGUUACAAAAUGAAAUGAGCUAAAACAUUUUUAUCUUGUACAUAGUUACAAUAAAAUAAAGUGUUCUCUGAGUCACUGCCACCGACAAAAGUCCAUUUCAGGACUACUCUCAUGAUCACUCGAACGCUAAGGUCACACGAUAACUAAAUUAUAGAAGUGUACUUUGUAAAUGACGAAGAGCCUGUCCACAGAGAAAUGCUGUAUGGAAGCUUAAUGGUAUACAGUUUGGAAAAUAAAAGCCUAGAGGUGUUUGAGACGAGCAUGGCGA